GGGCUGGCGGGCGUUGCCCGGGGCAACAGCAAUGGCGGCCACGGCGGCUGGGCGGCUCUUCUCGCUGGAGCUGCUCGUGGACUGGGUGCGGCUGGAGACCGGGCUGUCGCCGUGUGCCGCGAGCCCCGCUGUGGCGUUUCGCUUGCUGGACUUCCCGCCGCUGCUAGUCCUCCCGCCGGCCGCUCCCGGCCCGGAGCACCAGCGCGGCGCCAUCAGCUUCGGGCGCGGCAAGGCCUGCCUACUGCGCCUGCGCCCCGCCGCCCUGCGGCGCCCGCGCCUGCGCGCGGCCCUGCUGCAACUGCCCGCGGGCCGGACCUCUGCGCCGAGCCUUUUGGGAGCUUGUGACAUCCUGCUGGUCCCCUCCCUGGGCCAGCGAGGUGUAUUCACCCUGCGAGGCUCGGAGGCCGAACCCGUUGGGGAAUUGGCGCUCUUCUAUUGCUUGACCGAGCUGGUACGCUUCCCCCCAGGGGCUCCGCAGCCGCGAGGCCCGCUGAACCCUGCGUGUAUCAUGGGUUCCGAGGCCCCAGAGGUGUCAGAGCCACGAACUGAGGAGACCUCGAAGCCAUGCACCAAAGACACCUCUGCCAGAUGUCUGCAGUGUGUCUCAAAUGCACGCCGCUUGGAGGCCUCAGAGCCAUAUGCCAAGGAUACUAACAGCUGGUCUGCAGGGGACUCAGACGCCUCAGCUGUCCAGAAGCCCUGGGAAGAAGCAAUGUUACACAGUAAGGCUAGCUCUGGGGACAUGGCUUCUGCCCCAUGUUCACCCACUCCCAGUGGGAGGACUGUUAGUUCUGUCAGUCUGGAGGUCACAGAACUGGACUUUGAAACCAACACAUUUUGCCCUCCUCCUCUGUAUUACACCCACCUGACUCAGGAAAAGACCCAUUCUGCCAGGGUUGAAAUCACUAUUGAGCCUCAGAGAAACGACCCUGAGGAUCUAGAUGACAUUUUUCCGGAAACAAAACUUGUAGAUCCUCCCAUAAGGCCAAUGAAACAUACAGGGUCUGCAGUGCAGGAGAGCCCUCCAGUGCUUCUAAAUCUUCCACAGACGCAGGGUCCAGGAGAAGCUAACGAAGCUCCGCGUCCUCCUCAGAUUGAGCAAAGUACAGUCAAUGCAAUAAGACAGCUUCCACUAUUGAACGCUCUAUUGAUUGAACUGUCCUUGCUGUGUAACCAGCCCGUAGCAAAUCCCACCCAGGUGCAUCCCCAUUUAGCCUGGUUGUACAGAGGUGAACACAAGGCACCAGACCCUUCCACCAAGUCCACAUCUCCGUCAGAAUCAAAGAGCAACAAGCUUUCUGUGCGAGAAAAGGAAAAAUUCGUGAAUCCUCAGUCUAAAAAGAACCCUAAAGGUAAACAUUCAAAGAUCAGUGGUAGCCCCCCACCAAAAGUUACCAAGGGGAGGCUGCUUUAUGGCUUAACAAAUACACUAAGAUUGCGUCUACAGCAGACAAACCCCAACAUGCUGGUUGUACAUGAAAAGAGAGAACAGUACAGGAGGUCACAGAUGCAAGCUGUGGGGCCAAAGUUCCGAAUCCAGUCCUGGAAAGGGAAGCCGUCAAGCUUGGCAGCAGAAAGCCAGAUGCCACCGCAGCUGCCCGGAGAUGUGCCAGCAGACUCUAAUGGGAAACUAUGGAGCUUGGCAGUACAAAGCCAGUUGUCACCUCAGCUGCCCGGGGAUAAAUCUUUAGACUCUAAUGGGCCUUUUGCUGAAGAUAGUGAUACUUCACUGCAAAUCAGCGCAGCCUUUGAUGAGUCAAGUACAACUAAAGAAGUGAAACAAAGCCAUGCUAUGGAAAAAGAAACAGCUGACCAGAGUGAAAACAGAUCCGUAGUCACGUCUCUGAAAGCACCCUUGAGCCCUGCAGGCUCUGUCAUCCCUGAAAGAUCUCUAUCAAAUAGUUUUGGAGGAAAAUGGAAAAAGGAAGUCCAAAGCCCAGGGCUUUCCCAACAGGAUCCUACUGUUGACAAAACUAUAGAUGAGGGGAAAGAUGGUAGGCAAGUCAAAGCCACAAGCGCUGCUGAUUUAAGUGAAAAUAGACCACCCAGUAGAAAAAGUUCAUGUGAGAGCAUCUCAGAGCUACAGUAUCGGGUUGGGUUUACCAGCCCUUGCUAUUCUGAAGAUUUCUGCACAACUGAGAAUAACAGCAGAAGUCUGCAGGCUCCGGACAGCAGCACAGGGGCUGCACGUGUGCAGAAGGGUUCACCGGCAAGCAAGUCAAGUGAGGCAAGGCUGUCCACAAGGAAAAACAGCAGUGAAGCAAGUUCUGUGCUCACCCCUCCCUUUUCUGCUGGCUCACCAGUGUGUUCUCAUAAAAGAUCUCGUGUAUUGAAGAUUCAUGAUAGUCUGGAGGAAGCAUCCAGUCUCUCUACCAGUGACUUUUCAUCACAGUGGACAAAUGAAAAGGAAAACCAGGCAGAUCCGGGUAGUUCAAAGGUCAUGAGGAGAGGACAGGACAGCGCCACUAAACUUAAAGUAGAAGCUGGUCACAAGAUAUCAGAGAAAAGCCAGUCACCAAGAACAUCUCAAGUGAGUUCUUACGAGCCAUCAAAUUUGUCUGAGCUAGAACUCAAGGCCAUAGAUGACAGUGCCUCAGCUGACUUCCAAGAAGAGGAAGAUGGCCUUGGUUCACUGCGCAUCUCCAAACAGUGCAGAGACAUCUGCGAGUUAGUAAUAAAUAAACUUCCAGGAUACACAGUGUGAAAGUAUGCUACUUUCGAAAACUAGUUCUAUUACUGCUGUGUGCUGAUACUGAAGAGUUGUAAUAACUCACAAAUAACCUUAGUACAUAUGUGGUAGUUCUUAAGAAAUGUAAAUACCUUAUCAUUGAUGUUUAGUGCCUUACCCUUCGAGCUAAUUAUACCCUGAAGUCACUGUUAGGCUUAGGAGUGAUUCCUUUGUAAAAUGCUUAAGAUUAAAUGUGUAUACUCUCUGAUUAUAUCUGUCUUGAAGUGAAGAUUAUUCUAAAGUUGGUAUUUCAUGUACCAUUGUAAAAAGAAGGGCUUGCUAAUAAGCUUAGCACCAAUUCUUAAUGGGAAUAAAUCUUGUAACAGAUGCAUGUGUUAGAGCUGGAAAUGCAGAAGUGUAUUUGUGAUCUACCCCUGCUGCUAGGAGCUUUUGGUUUACAGACUUUCAUAACAUUCUGUUCUUUUUUUUACUCUCCCUUUUCUCUUACUUGAUGGACACUUAUUUGAGCUUAUGUUUGUUUGUUUGUUUGUUUUUGAUAAGAGAAUCUGUCCUGUUUUACACACCAAUAUUACUUUGGUUUUUAUAAAGUUGCUGAACAAAUGCCUUAGCAUUUAAAACACCUACCAUAGGCCGUAGUACUAACACUAACAAGAAGCAUGGAAGCUCCCUAAUGGAGACAUGUUUGGGUAGUGCUUUACUUUCGAUGCGUAUAAACACCUUCCAAUUGUUCUCAGGGGUUUAGAGAGGACAAAGUGAGGUUUUAUCCCCUAUAGUUACACAAAUAGGAGUUUGAUUUAUGAUUAAAUACUUAUGUGUAUUUAAUAAACACUUAUAUUUUCA